CAUUUCCUUCACAGUUGUUGAGUAUUAAGAGCAUAUAUCUAUCCCUCUUUCUCUAGAUAUAUACUCCAUGAGCAAAUCUUCUUCGUUAAAAGGGAUUAACAAAUCCAAUACCAAAAACAGAAAAUGGGUUUUCAAAACAAUGGUGAGACAGCAAUUGGAAUCCACAGUUUCACAGACCUCAAGAGCUUCACCCACCAAGUCCUAACCGGCCGGUGGUUGAUGGUCUUUGCCUCAUUUCUCGUGAUGGCAACAGCCGGUGCGAGCUACAUGUUCGGCCUCUACUCCAACGACAUCAAAUCCGUCCUCGGAUACGACCAAACGACACUCAACCUCAUCAGCUUCUUUAAGGACUUAGGAGCUAACAUCGGCAUCUUCUCCGGCCUCAUCAAUGAGAUCACACCUCCAUGGGUGGUGUUGGCCAUCGGAGCAGCUUUCAAUUUCUUCGGCUACUUCAUGAUUUGGCUCUCCAUAACGCAAAGGCUUCCAAAACCUCAUGUCUCGCUCAUGUGUAUCUACAUCUUCAUCGGAGCUAACUCUCAUACCUUCAUGAACACCGGAGCUCUUGUUACUUGCGUCAAAAACUUGCCGAACAACCGCGGAACUCUCAUGGGCGUUUUGGGUGGCUCCAUUGCUUUAAGUGCUGCUUUAAUCUCGCAGCUAUACCAUGUUUUCUACGGCGAUGAUACCAAGUCUUUCACUUUGGUCAUCGCUUGGCUUCCAACUGCUUUGGCUUUGAUGUUUCUUAGACUGAUUCGGAUCAUGAAAGUUGAACAGAAUGGCAAAGAAAGAAAAGUUUUAUACAAAUUCUUUUACAUUUCCCUUUCUCUAGCUGUGUUUCUCUUGAUGGUAAUCAUAGUAGAAAGCAAAAUCACUUUCACCAAGAUAGAAAACGGAGGGAUUGCAACCGUGGUGCUUUUCUUGCUUUUUCUUCCAAUUUUCGUUGUUGUUGCAGAAGAGUAUGAUGUAUGGAAAGCGAACAAGAGAAAAACAAUUAUACAUGAUCAACCAACGGCUACUGCGGCUAACAGUAAUAGUACCAGAACGCAAAAUCCGAACAAAACCACCGGUGCAGUGACUACGACUAUACCGGAAAAGGAAAAAGUUUACUGGUGGAAAAAUGUAUUCCAGCCGCCGGAGAUCGGAGAAGACCACACAAUUCUUCAAGCAAUAUUCAGUGUGGAAAUGAUAACUCUUCUAUUGACCACAAUUUGUGGUCUAGGAGGGACUUUAACACUCAUGGACAAUUUGGGUCAGAUUGGAACUUCUUUAGGCUACUCUCUACACAGCAUAAGAACUUUUGUCUCCCUCACAAGCAUUUGGAUCUAUCUAGGAGAAUCAUCCAUGGGAAUUCUCUCAGAAAUCUUCAUCAACAAAUUCAAAUUCCCUCGUCCUCUGAUGUUCACUCUGACCCUCCUGGUUUCAUGCAUCGGUUACAUUCUCAUAGCUUUCAAUGUCAAACAUGGUCUCUAUAUUGCUUCAAUUAUUACAGGGUUCUGUUUUGGUGCUCAUUGGCCUCUGAUUUUAUCCAUCAUCUCUGAGAUUUUCGGGCUGAAACACUAUUCAACUCUGUAUAACAUCGGUUCCAUGGCAAGCCCAAUUGGGUUGUAUUUGCUGAAUGUGAGAGUCACUGGGCGUUUCUAUGAUAAGGAAGCCAUGAAACAGCUUGAAGCUUUGGGAAAGAAAAGGAAAGCUGGUGAAGAAUUGAAUUGUAAUGGCGGAGAGUGUUUCAAGCUCUCUUUCAUUAUAAUUACUGGUGUGACCUUGUUCGGGACAAUCGUUUCGCUGUUUUUGGUGAUGAGGACUAGGAAGUACUACCAGAGUGAUAUUGAUAGGAAGUUCAGAGAGGAUCAAGAGAACGUGGCCGAAAAUGAGACGCUUGUGGUCGGAAAUGAGGUUGGCCGGCCGGCCGGUGAGUUAUAAAAGCUUUCAUGAGUGGGCAAAAGCAGCUGAUGAAAAUAUUAUUACAGUGUUUGUUUCUGUUUUGCUUAUCUACUUCCUCUUUCAAGAACACAUAGGAAAUGUGACAAAUAUGCCUUACAUAUAUAUAUAUAUAUAUAGCUAUAUAUGUGUAUAUUUAUUUACACCUUAUGACCUUAAUUAAUUAUAUAUAUGAGACCUUUUUUUCUUUUUC